AUGGACAGGCCUAAUAGUGUAGAGGCAUACGCGACCAUAUUAAUGAGAAUCGACAACCAGGUUCUGGGCCGUAAUGCUGAACAACAGGCCAUCCGUAAUAAGAUGGGACAAUUUACCGCCCCCAUCGUGGUCGCACACCCAUCUCAAACCACCGGAGGCCUCGCCCCAAUGGACCUCUUUGACCUCCGAACCCGUCCCGCUCAACGCCCUGCCGCCGAACAACGAUACAUCUUUCUGGGUGGAGACGGGACAACAAUCUCUGUAUGUACUGCGCCAACCCCGGCCAUGUCUUCGUCAACUGCCCUUCUGCCAAUUGUCUGCAUGGGAACCAACCGGUUAUGA